AUGUCAUUUUGUCCACAUCACCUCCUGCGUUCCCGCUUCAGCGCCGGACUACCGUGCCGUGUUCCGCAUUAUAGGCUGCGUUUAGGACACUGGUAUCGGCGGACUGCGAACCUUCCAGCGGCAAGACAUGUCACGAAUUAUGUGUCUAGAUCGAAUAUCACACAGCCCUGUGCGUAUGACACUGUAGGCAAUGAUCUGAACACACCUUCCUCUCAACCUGCUUCUAGUCCAGUUUCUAUUCAAGAAACAAGGGACAACCAUAUUGAGGAUCAGCCACAGGGCCUUCAAGAUGUAGCCGACUCAUCUCUGGUUCAGAUAUAUCAAAGCGAUAUCGCAGGGGACUCUGAUCCAUAUGACAUUCUUCUCCCACCCGUAUCGACAUCUUUGAACGACAUGCGCCCUGUCAAUCGAGAGUAUAAGAGUACCUUCCGUACCCCUUCAUUGGUGAACGGACAGAUAAAAUAUAAAUACAGUACGAGAUAUGUGAGCCAGGAGACGUUCGAUUUUAUGGAGAGUAUGAGAUUGAGGUCUCUACACUACGACCGCGAAGAAAUUCACGCAUGGAAACUCGCCUGUGCUAAAUUAUAUCAGGCUGUGUUGAACAAUACAGAUGUACAAGAAUUCCCGCCGUCUUUGAUGCUGAAUGAUGAUGAUCUGAAUCUCCUCGAAAAAAUCAAAACAGACUGCCAGGGUAGUUUCCGUGGGGUUUGGGAGGUAUUAGACAAACCUGCCAAGGCUUCACACUGGAAGCGACUAUCAUUAUGGCUGUUACAAAAUUCCCCAGAUUUGGCCUUGGAAUUUCUCCUCGUUACCUGUCAGAGUGCGGAUAUGCCUUUGUUUGUCAUGGUUUCGGAAUGCUUUCUCUUCCUGGAUAAGCUGCAUGGUGGCAAAUUGCAGCACUGGAAAAAGGGAGACCAUACAUAUGUUUCUCUUUUACUUAGUUGCUUAGACCCAAGCAGUUGGCCUGUUCUGAACCUAUAUCAAAAAGGUGUUCGGCUCUACUUGCGAAAAGCUGGUUUAGAUGAAGUCUACUAUGCCUGGGCAACUGUGGGCAGAAGGAAGAAUUACAUAGUAUCCGAGACGUUGCUUUGCUUCAUGCGUCGGUUUACAGAAUUUGGAGAUGUCCCUAAAUCGCUAGAUGCGCUCGAGCAGGUGCGGAACCGAGAGCAGGAAAAUUUUCUGAUGCAUUCUAUAGGAGUUAUGCGUCACUGUUGCAAGCUUCUACUACUCGACUCUGUUCGGGAUACUCCGGACGGGCGCAAUUUCUAUAUUUUACCGAAACUACUCAACAUGGGAGUGCGACCAGAUCGUGACAUGAUGAACAUAGUUCUAUCCAAUGCUUUUAAGACCGGAGAUCCGCAGGUGGGAUUCGACAUGUUUCGUUUCAUGAAAAGGCAGAGCUUCGAGCCUGAUUCAUUCACUUAUUUAACAUUACUUAGCGAUGCCGUGGCUCGGGGGGAUCGGGAGCGUGUUCAGUCGCUGAUACAGGAUAUUAGAACGCGCAAUCUUGAGAAAAACCAAUUUAUUGCGAGCAAAAUCUUCCACGCUCAUUUCACUUUCAACGCCAAGCAUCAUGAUCCAGAUGACGAUCCCAGUGGCGUCUUUUACUCACUUCUGGAUAUGUAUAACCAGUUGUAUGAUAUCACGCCAUUGAAGGACCUCUCUAUCAUUCCACCUGAAUACACUCCUCCCCCAGGAGGCGACAACGCCCAGCCAUCUAUCAUUGCUCUGUACCUCAUGGUCGCGACCUAUCUGCGGUGCCAGAAACGCAUAUCCCACACUCAACGCGUUUACACCAAAUUCAGAGCCCUAGUGUCACAAGCUCACCCAGUUAUAGCUCCGUUGGCCUCCACCGACCAUACUUACAAUGAAUUCCUGGUUGCUUUUCGGGAUGACCCUCGCGGGCUACGACCGGCCGUGCGACUAGUGGAGGAUAUGUUGCACUCCUCCAAUGAAGAGGAGGAACUUGAAGACGGGACUCUUGUCCAUGCUAAGCCGUCAGUUCGGACUUGGACGAUCUUAAUGAGCGCCUUCACCUUCAACAAACAGCCGCUUGCCGCGGAGAAAGUCCGAGAUAUGAUGGUCAAACACGGAGUUGAGUACAACAAAGUUACCUGGAAUACGAUCAUCAAUACCUAUGCAAACGCCCAAAAUAUUCCUGAAGUUGCAAAGUCAAUCAAGGCUAUGGAGGAUCAGGGCUAUUCCAUGGAUUCAUAUACAAUGAAAUGCCUCCGCUACCUUCAGGAUCCGGAGCGCUUAUGGAUUGCGGUAGAAGAAUUGGAUAAGGUGACUGAUGCUCGCCACGAUAUGGUGACCUCCCUGGGCCAGAGGCCUCUAGAGGAGAACGAACUAGAUGAAGAUGAGCUUCUACUAGAGCAAGGCUUGCGGCGUCUUUGCGAGAAAAAGGAGUCUACCCGUUAA